UUUUUUUCUUGAUCUGGUAAGCUUUUGGAUAGCCCCGGGAACCUUAUUGCGCCAGACUUUCCCAAACCGGGGUGAUUGAUUAUCACUAUCGUGACUUGAGGAUAGGGGCUCGGGUCCUUUGCCUUCUAACUGUUCCAAGCUCGCGGUUAGUGGUUAAGGGACAGUUGACUUCCCUAGGUCAUCUGGUUAGUUCGUGCUGGAGCAGGGUCUCUCCCGUCCCCUCUGAUAGACACCUGGUCUGCCAGCAGGCAUGUGGCCCUUAGACUUUGCAGUUCCUUGGAGUCCUUUUGGACCAGGGACCGUCACCGCAAAGCCGAGUGCCUAUCAUAUUGACUCUUGAGCAGAGUUAAGGGCCAGAGAGGCAGAAGAUGACUGCUCUUAUCUCUUCAAAUACAAGGCCACACAGACGACUUCUCGAGGGACCCUAAUUUUAGCUUCUUUCAAACCGUGCCAGCAGGGAAAGUCUGCCCUCCCCCAAAGUCCAUGAUCAGCAGGGACUUGUAGGCCGGUUUUCCUCCCACUGCUGGGCCAAGGCAAAUUGAGAUGCAGUUAAGUUUGUGGAUAGGAGAGAGUUGCUGACGACCUCUUUUGGAAAGAGGGGGUGCUCUUUCGGAGACUGGAGGAGCAGGCUGAGAGCAGCACACUGCCCCGUUGGAAGAUAGCCUCCGGGGCUCCUCUUGCUUCUAGCUGUGAACUGCCUGGCAUGGUGCUGGGAGAAGCCCCUGAGUCUGCUCAGUGUCCAUCCCUCACUGGCCUGAAUACCAAGGAUGUGGUUCGGAAAAGGCACAAGAGAAGAAGCCGGCAGCACCAGCGGUUCAUGGCCCGCAAAGCCUUGCUCCAGGAGCAGGAGCUGUCAAGCAUGGCCCCAGGGCCAGGAUCCUGCCCUCCGCCCUCCCCAUCACAGACACCAGCAGACACAGAGGCUUCGGGCAGCAGGCGGCAGCGUGCCAAGGCCAGGUCUAGCGGUGGUGGCUCAGGCGGCAAAAGGCCUAUCCCCAGAGAAGCCCCAGGGCCUGGGCCCAGCAAGUGUGUCGCCGUUGACUGUGAGAUGGUGGGGACAGGCCCCCACGGGCGUGUGAGCGAGCUGGCCCGCUGCUCCGUGGUGAGUUACAACGGGGACGUUCUCUACGACAAGUACGUCCGGCCUGAGAUGCCCAUUGUGGACUACCGCACCCGCUGGAGUGGCAUCACCCGCCAGCACAUGCGUAAGGCCAUCCCCUUCCAGGUGGCCCAGAAAGAGAUCCUCAAGCUCUUGAAGGGCAAGGUGGUGGUGGGGCACGCGCUGCACAAUGACUUCCAAGCCCUCAAGUACGUUCAUCCUCGGAGCCAGACCCGGGAUACCACGUACGUCCCAAACCUGCUCAGUCACCCCGGCUCCCACACCCGAGCUCGGGUCUCCCUUAAGGACCUGGCCCUGCACCUGCUCCACAAGAAGAUCCAGGUGGGACAUCAGGGACACUCGUCUGUGGAAGAUGCCAUGACAGCCAUGGAGCUCUACAAGCUGGUAGAGGUGCAGUGGGAACAGCAAGAGGCCGACAAUGCCAAGGCCCACCCCGAGGACAGGGCACCCGACAGCAGCACUGACGUGGAGCAAUACAUGGAGGACCAGUACUGGCCUGAUGAGCUGGCCCCGAGCACCAGUGGAGACAUAAGGGAGGCCCAGGCUGGCAGGGAGUGAGAGGAAGGAGCCUGCGGGUGGCAGAUGGGGCAGGAAGCCAGGAGUGGUCUCUCUAGGCAGACCUGGGGGACGGGGUCAGGGCACUCACCUGUCCACGUGCAGGCUCACAGCACCUCGUGUCUAAGGGAUGCUUUUCUUCAAUCCUGUGGUUUUGCAAAGGACACUAGCGUCGUGCCCAGGAGGUACAGAGAAAGUGCCACAGGACUGUCCAAGGCUGUCCCUGGCUCCCUGAGCCAAGUCUUCUGGGCUCACUGCUCUGCUGCUCUGGGAUAAAGCAUCUCCCUGGGGGUGCUGGGUGCUGUGGGUGGCAGGGUGAAGUUCUGCUGCUGUUGCCACCUCUCCCCUGCAGAUACAUUCAGGAUCACAGUAACUUAAAUUGUUAAGAAAGCCCUUUAAAGAAGACACUGUUCCCUGUCCCUUACUUUCUUAGAUGUCUUAUGUCCUAAGGGUAACUUUAGGAGUCUAAUAAACAAGGGUUCCGAUCACACCGUUCCCUGACAAAGCCUCAUCGUUAGGCAAGCCUGUGGCUUCCCCGUUGAGCCUGUUUCCCCCCCAUAAAGUGGAGGAGAGCGUUAGAACCUACCUCGUGGGUAUUGAGGUGCUUCGUGUGCAUCCUCGUGAUGAAAGAGAAUGGUCUCUAUUCCAGCCACCGCCUGACUUCCUAGCUGCUGUGGCCCAGGCAGGAUUCUGGCUUGGCUUUUCCAGCAGGUGAGGUGGAGCCAGGGCCUGGCUCUGCAGGAGAGUUCAGAGUUGUCUGCAGGUCUUGCUUCAUAGCAGCAUCCUACCCGCUGUGGUAUUUGGGAAAGUGACAACAGUCACCCAGACAGGGUCAGAAGGGAAGGGACACUACUGAGACCACAUUUGACUGCUGUCAGCCAAGGCCCUGAUUGCACAAAACCUUAGUCAUGGAUUGUUUGCUGGCCGGCUCCUCCCUGCCAGGGGAAGAGGGAGCUGACCGAAUCAUCACCACUUCUGUCUGGCCUGGCGCCAGGGGCAAGCUCUGGUUUCCUUAAAAAGCAGCAACUUGUGCCAACCUCGCUGCUGGGUGAAUCUUGAUGGCUUCAUUUGCGGGUUGAAGGGUGGUGGGAUUGAUAGCCUGUGUACCGGGAGAAGCCUUGCUCAUGUAGGAUCUUUAAUGCGGGAAUAAAGUUCGAUUGGACAAGUG